GAAACCAGAGAUCCGGAUAACGAUAAUGAAUGCGCGAGUCAGGACACCAGAGAUCAGGAUAACGAUAAUGAAUACGCGAGUCAGGAAACCAGAGAUCAGGAUAACGAUAAUGAAUGCACGAGUAAGGAAACCAGAGAUCAGGAUAACGAUAAUGAAUGCGCGAGUCAGGAAACCAGAGAACAGGAUAACGAUAAUGAAUGCACGAGUCAGGAAACCAGAGAACAGGAUAACGAUAAUGAAUGCGCAAGUCAGGAAACCAGAGAUCAGGAUAACGAUAAUGAAUGCACGAGUCAGGAAACCAGAGAACAGGAUAACGAUAAUGAAUGCACGAGUCAGGAAACCAGAGAACAGGAUAAUGAUAAUGAAUGCGCGAGUCAGGAAACCAGAGAUCAGGAUAACGAUAAUGAAUGCACGAGUAAGGAAACCAGAGAUCAGGAUAACGAUAAUGAAUGCGCGAGUCAGGAAACCAGAGAACAGGAUAACGAUAAUGAAUGCACGAGUCAGGAAACCAGAGAACAGGAUAACGAUAAUGAAUGCGCGAGUCAGGAAACCAGAGAUCAGGAUAACGAUAAUGAAUGCGCGAGUCAGGAAACCAGAGAUCAGGAUAACUAUAAUGAAUGCGCGAGUCAGGAAACCAGAGAUCAGGAUAACGAUAAUGAAUGCGCGAGUCAGGAAACCAGAGAUCAGGAUAACGAUAAUGAAUGCGCGAGUCAGGAAACCAGAGAUCAGGAUAACGAUAAUGAAUGCGCGAGUCAGGAAACCAGAGAUCAGGAUAACGAUAAUGAAUGCGCGAGUCAGGAAACCAGAGAACAGGAUAAACGAGAAAACGAGCCGAGUCAGGAUGCCAGAAAGCAGAAUAGUCAAUAAUAUACAAGCCAAAUACCAAAUAACACAGACAGGAAUCAGUAUAGCACUAGAGGGAACAACUAGUGAACUACAAUUGGGCACUGAACUAAAGCAAAAUGUGCUCUUUACAGGGGAGUGUCUUUUGCUUUAAAUCCACGCCCCUAAAACGUCAGGCAGUGUGGAAUACUUAGAAUUUUCAUAGCAUCGCUGCUAUGACAUUGGCAGGAAGCGUGUGUGGAACGACCAGCAUGUGACAUGGCGACGCCCGGAAGAGUCGGCAACCAGAGCACCUCCCUGCUGGCCCGCGGGACUAAG